CUUUGUCGCCAGCAUGUCGAGUCGCAACGAUGCGACUCUCCCGUCCACGCGUCGGCCUAGGAAGUCGACCGGACAUUCGCCUGUGCGGAAGAGGAUGGAGAAAGAAAACAUCACCGUCGACGUUGCUAGUUCUUUGGCCGGUAAUGGAGGCAAAAAGAAGUUACGUAGUAAAAGUAUUGGACCUGGAGGACUAGACGGAUUGAAGCCAGGAACCGGAAAUCGACGUGUUUCCCUAGCAGCAAAUGCCAAACCUCCGCCAAAAUCAAUCCUCAAACCAACCAUGCCACUACCUGAGAUUCCCUCGUUCAAGUCCAAGCAGCCUGCCCGCAAUUCACCACCCUCUCUGAAUAUUCAGGGAGCCGACAAGUUAAUGAACCCCUUCCAGAAUGAUGAUACCAAUUCAUCAGGCACAAAGAUCGCUGUGCGCACCGAAGAGGAACAACAAGCUGCUGCGCGUGAAAGAGAGGAACGAGAACGAGCUAAACUAGAGAAGGAGAUUAAUGAUCGAAGGGAGGCUCGACGCAAGUCUCUUGCUAAUCGACGGGUGUCGUUUGCCGCUGAAGCCACCCUACACACAUUCCAUGAGGUUGAGUACAAUCAGGACUCUACCACCUCUACCGAUUCUACAAGACGUGCAUCAUCACUUGCUACACCCGCACAACCCCCCGAUCCAGCUCCUGCCCCGGCAGAGCAGGAGGAUGAUAUCGUUCCAAAUUCACCAGAUCAUCAGCAAGAUCCCCACCAAAAGAAGAGACGUAGAAGCUCAGGCGCUCCCCAGCUCAACUUCAACAACCAGAUGGACGACACCUUAGCUUCGAGUGUCUAUAGCUCAGAUUCCGAUGCGACAGAUGGUGUGAUGGAAGCACAGGAAGAUAUGGGCUCGGACUCUGGUAGCGACUCAGAUGAUGCUGACGGUGUAUCGAUGGACUUGGAUGUUGAUGAGGUCACCGGCACCUCAGUCGCUUCUGCUAUCUCUGCCCGUUCAGCAUUCACCACAGAUUCGACUGAUACCCUAGAAACUGCUCUUCGACUUGCUUCCAGACGCGCCGAAACCCAGCAGCUAGAUGAAGAGGAGGAAAUCAUCCCCUCUUUUGGAUGGGCUAAAAAGCCUGCCCCUAGACAAGCUAGUCCUACCCAUGAUCAGGAAAAUAUCCAAACGUCAUCCAGGAUCAGUCCUAUCCAGGACGACGAUGAUCAAGAAGAAACUGGUGGUAUGGACAUGGAUAUGGACAUGGAUAUGACAAAUGCUGUUGGCGGCAUCAUCAAAUCCAAUGGCGGUUCCCUGGAUGACGAGGAUGAUGCCCAAGAUGAUGAAAUGUCAAUGGAUGUUACUCGAGCAUUGGGCGGCAUUCUUCCUCAGCGCAGCAAGACACAGAACAUCCAACCAGGAAGCCCAGAUAAAGCCGGAGAUGAUUCGAUUGUUGAGGAUGCUUCUAUGGAAUUUACUAUGGCAGUUGGUGGUAUUCGAAAGGGCCCGCAAUCAGCGAACAACCUACUUGAUCUCGACGACAGUGAGGAGAACGAGGAUAUGUCAAUGGAAUUUACCACUGCAGUGGGCGGAGUCCUAUCUGGGUAUAAAUCUAAUGCCUCAACAAGAAAGGCUCCUUUAGGUCGGCGCCGUACUAUGACGGCUGCUAAUGACGAAGCAACCAUGGACAUGACAGUUGGGUUGGGUCGUAUUCUUCCGACUAAUGAAGUUGAAGACGAGGAGGAUGCUACAAUGGGAAUGGAUAUGACUAUGGCCGUGGGUGGAAUCAUUAAAGGCCCGCCUCUCGCCAAGGACCGAACUGAGGCAAGGCAUAUCAUGGAGAAAGAGGUUGAUGAAGACGAUAAUGUGCCUGCACUCCACUCGUCUGCAAAACAACGCCUGUCGGAAGCUAUUUCUGGCAAAAAUGUCUCAGAAACAGGAAGCCCUAGUUUAUCUGCGUUUCGGGGCAAGGGACUCCGUCGCAGUAUUAACUGGCGAGGAUCUGCUAGUCCUAAGAGCAGCUCGCCUGUUCGUGAUCUUUCAACGCCCAAGUUUGCGAAUCCUGCUAAGCAAAGUACUCCGAAUAAGCAAGGACCCCGAACCCCGUUGAAGGAACCUCCUUCAAGGAACCCAAAGUCUCCUGCUUCGACGACUCGACGGAACCCAGAUCGUUCGACCUCUACGCCCAGAUCCGCUUCCAAGAAUGCACAGUCAAUGUCGAUUUUCCAGAAAGACCCCUCAACCGGCUUAUCCACACCACGAGUUAUUUUAACUCCACAAUCGAGGCGACUCUCGGGCUUGGGUGCUGAUAGGCCUGGUCUUGGAUCCCCCAAAGUCGCUGCUAUAUUUGACAGGCGUGAAUCCAUUGGAGAUACAGCGGACAACUUCGUUCCACGUGAAGGUUCCCGAGGUGUUACUUUCGCUGAUCCUCGAAUCAUGGAGUAUGAAGUAGACCUGGAACGCCGACAUGAAGUGGAUAAGGAGAAUGGCCGCUACAGACUUGAGAGAGAAGCCGAUGGUGAAGACGAAGAGAAUACCACAGCCACUCUGAAGGAUAUGAUUUCCAGUAUGACACCCAAGAAAAACCAUCUCAAAGGACGAAAGAGCCUUCACGUGGGUAGUGCCAAGGGUCUCCUCGGUAAACGUCCUGCUGAGCUCGAUAACGAAGAGGAAGAGGAAGAGAGGGAUGGCAUUAAGCGACUUAAGAAUCACCAAAGCAGUCCUGUCAAAAACGUGCGAUUGCAUGCCCCUCCUUCGAAAGCAGAAACGACUGGACGAGUAACUCGCUCUGCUGGUAGAACUUUGGAGGAUGGAGGUAACAUCAUGACGGCUUCGACACCGGUACUCUCGCCCAAGAAGGCGCACAUGACAAUGCCAUCUCCACAGGUAAGAGGUCGCUUCAAAGAUGUCGACUCUAAUUAUCCUACCGACACACUGAACUUCGACGCAUCACAUGUUGUCGCGGAUUCUGAGGUUCAAAUGGACGAUGAUGGAGAGCGGAUGCAUCUUCAAGACUUCUUGAACAUGACGAAUAUUCGUUUCAUGGAAUUAACCACAACCAAGAGACGACGCACGCAAGCCCCUACAAGCGUCAAAGAUGAUGCUGCAGUAGGACAGGAAGAUCUCUCCCUCCAACGAUGUGUCGUGGCGGGUGCCUGUACAGUCCCAAUGCUGGAAUUGUACCAACAUUCUUGCCGAGAACUGAAGAAAUACAUUUCAGAGGGUAGAAGAAUUGUUCGAGAGAUUGAGACAGAAACUUUGGAAGAGAACCCUCCGCUUUUCAAGGAAUACAUGUCUGCAACGCCCGAAUACAAGCUCUUCCUAGACAACCAGUUCAAGAAUGUCAAAACGCACGCACGGCUCCUGAGCAAGGCUAUGUGGUACGAAUGGCGCAUGAAGCUUCAGGAUGGUCUCAAGGAAGGCUUGGUCACGAUUGCCGAGGGCAUGAAAGCUGAUGAACAGCUGUUGCAGAAGGAACAGAAAUUGCUCGAUUCUGUAUUGCCUAAGCUUAUUGAAAGAUUCGAAUCCUUGGAUGUAGAGCACAACAACCUGGAGUCUGCCGUCCAAGAGAUAGCGGACUGCGACCCCGAAGACCUGCAGGCUGCCCGAUCCGAACUUACUGAAGUUGAUGCAAAUAUCGAAGCCAAAAUGAAGCAGAUUGAACAAUUGCGUCAACAACUUGGGGAGACCGAAUCAGGUAUCAGCGAAUUAUCAGAGAGAAAAGAGGAGUGCCUCUCUGAUAUCAAGGAAGCUGAGAAGGUUCGCGAAGAAUGCAGGGGUUGGACAUCUAAUGAAGUCAGCUCUUUGAAAGCGAGAGUGGAAAAUAUCGAGAAGCAGCAUGGAUGGAUGAUUACGGGCACAAAUGGAACCAUGAUGUCGAUGACAUAUCGAAAGGAGAUCGAACUCGUCUUUGACGUCGCUGUAUUCAAAGGCGUAAAACCGACAAAUUCGACAAUUGAUUUGUGGUACAUUGCAGCCAAUCGAGAACGAGAUCCUAAGCCAUCUACACCGGAAAAAGAAUUUUUCAUUCAAUGCAUCCGAGAUCGAAUUCGUGAAUUGGACCAAUCACAAACCAGAAUCAAGGAACUUCUAGACAUGGUCAGUGCUGGAUGGAAGAAAGCCAAGCACGUGUCAGACAGUAUGCGUCUUGUCGAUUGCACAUUCAAGACCAAAGUCACCAAAACGUCGGAUUCGUCGAUUGCAUUCAACGCAAUGUUACUGGUACGCCCAGUCAAGACGAGGGUAGAUGUUACACUCAAUUUCCACGGUCGGAACACACCUAGCGGUAUUGAUGUCACUAUCGAGCCCGAGGCACGAGUUGUCUAUGGAGAGCAGUUCAAAAUAGAUAACGUCGUCGAGUUCCUCAAGACUAGAAUCGGUGCGCGCGUUAUCACAAAGGAGGAGCAGAGCAAUAUCGAGUCUUGGAGCGAUAUCAUCGUCGAACUCCAAGAAAGACUUGUUGCCAAAGCAAAAGCCCAGCAGAAAUAAGUGGUAUGGGGAAUGGGUUUAUCGGCCUUCAGGCCUCUGCACUACCUCACUAUAAUGACUGAUGAUUGUUAUUCGCGGACAUGGAAGAUAUCCCUGAUGAGAAGAUGGCGUUUGUUGGUGUAUUGUUAGAUUAUUGACGGAUGCAUAUGGAUUCGUCUUGUAAGGAUCGCUUCUGAUAUUGGGGGACUUGCCCUCAACCAACGACGGGAAAAGGAAAUGUCUAUCACGUUUAAUAUAUGAAAUAAACCUCACUCAAUGGGUCUUCUAGUUUAAUGUUACUC